AUGAACGUCACAGCUAAAGCAGCUAAUGGGUUUCUUAAGGACAAAGACGUCCCAGUCUCAUCUCAGAGUGUCAGUACAGCUGAACAGUACUUUGAUAAUUCCAGUGUGGAGUGUGCCAUACAGUCCUGUCCUGAGCUACUACAGAAAGAUUUCCAGUCCAUGUUUCCUGAGGCUCCAUCCUCUGGUAUGAUGGUGGUCACAGUAACCCAGAAGACCAAGAAUGACAUGACAUCAUGGUGUGCUGAGGUGGAGGAGGAGAGAGAGCAGAUGCUUAGCAAGUUUAUGGAUGGAGCCCAGGAGAUCUGCUGUGCGCUGCAAAAAGAAGGAUUCUGGGCGGACUUUAUCGACCCUUCCUCAGGCCUGGCGUUCUUUGGCUCGUACACCAACAACACACUGUUUGAGACCGAUGACAGGUACCGUCACCUGGGUUUCCAGAUCGAGGACCUGGGCUGCUGCAGAAUGAUCAGACAUGCUCUGUGGGGGACACAUGUUUUUGUGGGAACAAUAUUCACCGAUGCACCACCUAGCAGCUUGAUUAUGAAGAAGCUUCAGGGCAGCUGAACAUAAGUUCAUGGACUGUGGGCUGCUAUUAAAACUGUUUAAAACCCUGUCUGGACUGUUUUAACACUAUUUUAACACUUCUUUAAGAACAUCAUAAGCUGACAGUGUAUUUUACUUAUGUGGCACAUUUGUAUAAAUAUUACAUCACAUUGAUUUAUAUUUAUGGAUUCAGAUGUCACAGGCAAAUGCUGCUGUAAUCACAUUAAAAUAUUUCUUGACUAAA